AGUAAUACACUGAAGUUCAAUGUCAUACACAGCAUUUUUAAUGACGGGGUUCCCAGAAGGACCACCACAUCUGGAGCUUUAAGCUUUAGAACAUGGGGUUCUGCAGCAUGUUGCUCUUAUCCAUUAUCUUUCUAACUGCAUGGCUUUCUACUGCUAAAGGGGAAGAAAAGACAUGCUCGCUUCCUUAUAUUCCAAAUGGUAUCUACACACCUCACAGGAUUAUACACAGAACUGAUGAUGAAAUCAGAUAUGAAUGUAAAGAUGGCUUCUAUCCUGCAACCAGAUCAACAGUUUCAAAGUGUACACUCACUGGCUGGAUCCCUGCUCCAAGAUGUACCUUGAAACCUUGUGAUUUUCCACAACUCAAAUAUGGACAUCUGUAUUACGAAGAGAGAGUAAGACCCUACUUCCCAGUGUCUAUAGGAAAGGAAUACAGCUAUUACUGUGACGACGGGUUUUCAACACCUUCUGGGUCAUACUGGGACUACCUUCGUUGCACAGCACAAGGGUGGGAGCCUAAAGUCCCAUGCCUCAGAAAAUGUGUUUUCCAUUAUGUGGAGAAUGGAGAAUCUUCACACUGGGAAAACAACUACGUGCAGGGUCAGUCUGUAAAAGUCCAGUGUUACAAUGGCUAUAGUCUUCAAAAUGAUCAAGAUAUAAUGACAUGUACAGAGAAUGGCUGGUCCCCUCCUCCCAAAUGCAUCCGUAUCACUGAUUACUGUGUGAAUCCACCUCAUGUGCCAAAUGCUACUAUAGUAACAAUGCCCAUGGCCAAAUAUCCCUCUGGUGAGAAAAUACAUUAUGAAUGUCAUAAACCUUUUGAACUAUUUGGGAAAGUGGAAGUGAUGUGUCAAAAUGGGAUGUGGACUGAACCACCAAGAUGCAAAGAUCCAACAGGGAAAUGUGGGCCUCCUCCACCUAUUGACAAUGGAGACAUCACCUCCUUGUCAUUACCAGUAUAUGCAUCAUUAUCAUCAGUUGAAUAUCAGUGUCAGAAGUAUUAUCUCCUUAAAGGAAGUAAGACAAUAACAUGUAGAAAUGGAACGUGGUCUGAGCCACCAACCUGUUUAUCUGCAUGUAUAAUAUCAGAAGACAUUCUGGAAAGACAUAACAUACUUCUCAAAUGGAAACAAAGCCAAAAGGUUUAUUCUCAAUCAGGGGAUGUUAUUGAAUUUGUGUGUAAACCUGGAUAUAGACAAGCAAGAAAAUCACCAUCAUUUCGUGCGAAAUGUAUGAAUGGUGACAUCAAUUAUCCCACUUGUGUAUAAAAUCACAAUACAUUUAUCCAUUGAUUUUAUUAUUUAGAAAUACACAUGCAUAUUACUAGUACAUUUUCAAUUUAGAUUUGAAAUGUUAAUUCAUUUCUUCUCAUAAAUAUAAACUUUUUUGUUAUAUGGUGAUUAAUUUGUAACUUUAAAGACAAUUGCCAAAAUGCAAAAGCAGUAAUUCAAAACUCCUAAUCUAAACCAUUGUAUGUCCAAGGGCAAACUAUGUCAAAAAAGAAAAUAGAUGUAAGUUCUUCAACAUCUGUUUCUAUUCAGAACUUUCUCAGAUUUUCCUGGAUACCUUUUGAUGUAACAUUUUGAUUUAUAAUGAAUGAAAGAUAUAUUGACUCAUUUUUCAAAUUAGUAUUAUUUCUGAAUCAUGUACCAACAAAACUAUCAUAUAUUAAUAUUAUAUUACUAAUGCAUAUAAUUAAAUACUAUGUAAUACUUUAAUAUUAAUAAAAAUCUAAGGAAAUUCUUGCAUAA